AUGGCCUCUCCACCAGGCUCGAUUACGACCGUCAAUGGGAGACGGUGUACGCGUUCUCGUGCCCGGGUCGCAGUCACAACUCCAACAACUUCAGCCGCCGUUGUGACCUCUUCUCAGGCCAUAGCCUCCACUUCUACAACCCCUCAGCCAGCGCCGCAGAUACAGACGACCACUGCUCAGGCUCCUUCUUCCCCUCCCCCUCCCCCUCCUCCACCAUCAUCACCACCGCCACCAUCAUCAUUACCACCACCACCACCAUCAUCACAGCCGCCCUCACCACCGCCACCACCACCAUCGCCGCCGGCUCCCUCAUCAGCACCAUCCCCACCCCCGGAACAGGCACCACAGCAACCACUUACUACUACCACCUCAUCCACAGUGGAUGCAGUAGCAGGAACAUUGUCGACAGGAGCUGCUCCUCCAUCACCCGUUGAAGUUUCGAACGCACCAGCCAAUCCUACUGCGCUGACUGUAUCGGGCACUUCAGUCUCUGUGAACACAAAUCCAGCAGUUCCUCUGGAGUCCGACACAAGUCCACAGUCAUCCAUCACUGCAUCAACUGUAGGCCAACCACGGGUGACGGGCUCCCCACUUGCAGGGUCUGCGGGAGAGUCUAACGAUGGGUCUAAUGGAAUCAUCGGACCAGGUCAGGGAUCCUCCAAUGAUGAUGGUCCCUUGACUCUGGAUUCCAAUGUGAACCUUGCUGGUAUUUUGGGCGGUGUUUUUGGAGGCAUUGCGGCGCUUGCUCUGAUUGUUGGGCUGCUCUUUCUCGUCCUUCGUAAGCGAAGGUUGAAGCCAAGGAGGUGGAAUGAAAAGAGGCAAAGUGACUCAAGUUUGCUAUCAAGGAUCAGGACAAUACCGACUGGACUAGGCGCAUUUGUUGCAAGGCUGAAAGGAAGCCAAACCGGAUCCACCCAAAACCCUUAUCAACGACAUGUUCCAAAGGCUAGCGCGGACUCAACAUAUUCAAGAGACUCUAACGGACGGAUUCGGUCAAACGGUGAGCCACAAGGUGCAUACCCACACAGGCGCGCAAGUUCCAGCGGCAGCAUAUCAAGCAAGAAGAGCGAGAGGAACCUACUUCGCAAAAAGCCUAGCAGUAUAUCUGCCUAUCGAUUUCCUGACAUCGCAGAGGAUACAGGGACACCGAACCCAUUCGCAGACCCACAGCAGAUGCGUCCACUUUUGAUACUAAACCCGGAUCCAAGGAGCACACCCACUACACCCCAAGUCCCCGCAGCUACUGCGGAUCCUGAACCAAGAGAUCCAUUCACAUCCGUUUAUGAUCCACCGCCAGUCGCACCAAUGCGGGAGAGAGGUCCAGCUCAAACUCACCAACGCGCAAUGAGCUCAAUUUCGGGACAGAGCUCGCGUACUACAUGGUCUCUUUACCCCACAGCAAAUCCGUUUAACGACCCACCUAAUGUACCGCCACUACCAAACCAGGCUGUAUUGCCACAACAUCACCGUCAACGGUCUUCCAUGGCGUUGCCAAAUUUUAACCCGACUGCUAUUUUCGAUGCAAACUCAACUUUCGCCACCCGUGAUUCCGGCCUGCUUUUCGGAGAACCAGGACCGAGUAGACCUGCAACCAACAUUUUCACACCGGUUACGCCUGCUCGUCGAACUAUUCGACAGUCUGAUCCAUUCGAUCUUGACCGACCCGAAGUCCUUGGAUUCGGUGGCCUCAGCAGGCAACCUACGCGAACCAAACGAAGGAGCAGCGUGAACAAUUGGUACAGCACUGCUGGAAACGGUGCUUCCAAUGCUCCGCCGUUACCGACAGACAGCACAAGACCCUCGUGGGGUCCGAAUUCAGGGAGAUGACGACAAAUAUUGAGAUUUCCAGUACAAACCGAUGACUUGUCGCACUGCUGUUAAGAUACGCGCAAAAACGUAAUACCUCAUUAGCAGAUAUACGCUCGAUGAUCACUUUCUUUUCAACCGAUGGCAGGAAGUAUUCCGCGGGUUCCAUCACAACCUUCAUUUCUGAUUUGUUCAUGUUUCUACCCACGAUCAUUGUCAUCAUGACGACCUGCAUAGCGAGCAUUUACCUGUAACAUAUACUGUCCCGAUAUCCUAUAUUUUUUGUAGCGCAAAAAUACCCCCUAUUUACCCCCGAAUUGAAAUCAAAGAUAUCAAUGUACGAUACAUGCAAGAACAAACAAGCAAAAAGCCUGUUCCAUUU